CAGCCCGAGCUGCGGUCUUCCCCUACCCCGGGAAAGCUGUGACCCCCCCGCAGCAGCGGCGGGGCGGGGUGGGGGACCCGGGAGAAGAUGGCGACGCCGGGAAGCGAACCCCAACCUUUCGUCCCUGCCCUCUCGGUAUCUACUCUGCACCCACAUCAUCAUCCUCACCACCACCACCACCACCAUCACCAGCACCACGGAGGAACCGGAGCCACCGGCGGGGCGGGAGGCGGCGGCGGCGGCAGCGGGGGCUUCAACCUGCCCUUGAACCGGGGUCUGGAGCGAGCGCUGGAGGAAGCGGCCAACUCCGGGGGGUUGAACCUUAGCGCCAGGAAAUUGAAGGAAUUUCCUCGGACCGCGGCCCCCGGGCACGAUCUCUCGGACACGGUGCAGGCAGAUUUAUCUAAAAACAGACUGGUUGAAGUUCCAAUGGAAUUGUGCCAUUUCGUAUCACUGGAAAUUCUUAAUCUGUACCACAACUGUAUCCGAGUCAUUCCUGAGGCCAUCGUCAAUCUACAGAUGCUGACGUACCUGAACUUGAGUCGAAAUCAGCUGUCCGCCCUGCCCGCCUGCCUGUGUGGUCUGCCUCUCAAAGUCUUAAUCGCAAGUAACAACAAACUUGGAUCAUUGCCAGAAGAGAUAGGUCAGCUCAAACAGUUAAUGGAGUUGGAUGUCAGCUGCAACGAGAUCACCGCCCUGCCCCAGCAGAUAGGUCAGCUGAAAUCUCUACGGGAACUGAAUGUCAGAAGGAAUUACCUUAAAGUUUUACCACAAGAAUUGGUAGACCUUCCGCUGGUAAAGUUUGACUUUUCCUGCAACAAAGUGCUGGUGAUUCCGAUUUGUUUUCGGGAGAUGAAGCAGCUGCAAGUGCUCCUGCUGGAGAACAACCCCCUGCAGUCUCCUCCAGCACAGAUUUGCACAAAGGGCAAAGUGCACAUUUUUAAGUAUCUGAGUAUCCAAGCAUGCCAGAUUAAGACAACUGACUCCCUUUAUCUCCACACCAUGGAGAGGCCACAUUUACAUCAGCAGGUGGAAGACAGCAAGAAGGAUUCUGAUUCGGGAGUUGGAAGUGAUAAUGGAGAUAAAAGAUUAUCUGCCACUGAGCCCUCUGAUGAAGACACGGUCAGCCUCAACGUGCCAAUGUCCAACAUCGUGGAAGAAGAACAGAUCACCAAGGAGGACUCGUGCCAUCGCCUUAGCCCGGUGAAAGGGGAAUUUCAUCAGGAAUUUCAACUGAAGGCUUCCCUUUUGGGUGACAACGGCAACUCAGGAGAAGAAAGAGACCAGUUUACUGAUGGAGCAGAUGGUCUCCAUUCAGAAUUUAUGAACUAUAAGGCGAGGACGGACAACUGUGAAGAACUGUUACGGAUAGAAGAGGACGCUCACUGGCAAGCCGAGGGCACAAUAAGUUCAUCCAGAGACCAGGACAUGGAUGUGGCUAUUGUGGAGCAGCUGAGAGCAGCAGACCUGUUGCAGGAUCCCAGUGGAUUAAGCACAGAUAUUAUAGAAAGAAGUGUUUUAAACCUGUACCCUACAGGAUCAGUAGAAGCCUUAGAAUUACCGGAUUCUGCACUGAACGGUCAAAUGCAGCUGGAAACAUCUCCGGAGUAUGAGGUGCAAAAUGAUCUAAUGUUACAGAGCAAUGGGAGCCAGUAUUCUCCAAAUGAGAUCAGAGAGAACUCCCCUGCAGUCUCUCCAACCACAAACAGCACGGCUCCUUUUGGCCUGAAGCCUCGAUCAGUGUUUCUAAGACCUCAGAGAAAUUUGGAAUCUAUAGACCCGCAGUUUACAAUCCGGAGGAAAAUGGAGCAGAUGAGAGAAGAAAAAGAGCUGGUGGAACAACUCCGUGAGAGCAUCGAGAUGAGACUGAAGGUCAGUCUACACGAGGACCUGGGGGCAGCGCUUAUGGAUGGCGUGGUCCUCUGCCAUCUGGUCAACCACAUCCGCCCACGGUCCGUCGCGAGCAUCCAUGUCCCCUCCCCGGCGGUUCCCAAACUUAGCAUGGCCAAAUGCAGAAGAAAUGUGGAAAACUUUUUGGAAGCAUGCCGGAAGUUAGGAGUCCCAGAGGAAAAACUGUGUCUACCCCACCACAUCCUUGAAGAGAAAGGCCUGGUCAAAGUGGGCGUUACUGUCCAAGCGUUACUUGACGUCACUGUAACGAAGUCUCUGUUCACAUGAAACCACCCCCAGUCCUUUGGGUGGACUCAGACUCUCCUCCUACCAGAGAUCCUGAACUCUGCUCCCUGUUCAACCCUUUCCCAUCCACUGCCUGUGGGUUCCCUGAUUCCACUUGCAUUUGAAAAGGUUUUCGGUCUAAGGGAGGAUUUUCUGCCUUUGGGGGCUGACCUCCAACAGUAAGACUUGACAGGUAUUUGUUCUGGAACCAGUGAGGGAGCUGGAGACUAAGAACUGAACAGCACGUCAAUGCCUUUUCCACCCUCCUUCAUCCCUUCCACUCUCACCGACUGCCAUUACCAAAACACCAAGCACAACCGUUUUGCAGCAAGAUGCAUUUGUUUUAUUAAACCAAACUCAUCGUGUAUUUACUGGGUGGGUGGGUGGGGAGACACAAUCAGGUUUUUCACCGCCAAAUUUUUCAAGAAGUUUCUUGAGACCAUUGCCUUUUAAAAAAACUAUUUUCGACAUACAAAAUAUUUAUAUAAAUAUUAUUUAUUAGUGAGUUGUUAUUCAUCCUUUGGAUGCAAAUUGUAAAUUAGGAAACUAUUUUAUUACUGCUUUUUUUGUGGUUAAACACUUUAUUUUAAUAUUAUACAUAUUCAGUUAUUUUCUACCCUCUUUGGUCUGAAGUACUAGUUCUAGGUCUCGGUAAUCAUAUUUUCUGGUGUAUAGGAGUCAAAAAAAAAAAAAAAAGCAAAAACAGGUGCUUCCGUGACAAAACUAUUUUCUGGGGAGGCUUUAUUUAUGCUUUGGUUUGUGGAACAUUGGUCUUAUUUAUAUUUCUGCAUUCCAUCCAGUUUCCUACAUUCCAGCAGCCCUAAUGUCCCCCAAUACAAUGAACUGAAAUCAAGAGAGCACCCCAAAGUUAUCUGUAAAUAGCUGUGAUGAGGGGGGGGAAGACAUAUUAAACUUGAAGAUAAAAUGUGAACAAUUAUUUUUUUGGAUUCAUACUUCUUUUGCUAUGCACAAAACAUUCACAUGUUAACACAAAGAAGUACUAAGUGCGAGUUAGCGUCAUGUGUCUUGAAGUAUAAUUUUGCACUGUGACUUGGGUUAUAUUCAAGAGAACCUAGCACCAAAGGUAGAUACGGAGGAAAUGGUAGAGGAAAGUGGAGACAAUAGAAAGUUUAUUGUUUAACCAAAAAUUUUAUUAAAGGAAGUUGGUUUGACUGAGUGAUCAAAAGUUACUGAAGGCACAUAGGCCCUGAAUCAGGAAACCAGCACUUCCUACAACUGCCAGUUUGAAAAGAGGAAAUGAUUCUGAGAUGUGCUCAUUUGAUCGUAAUGUAGUUGAUGGUUUUCAAAGUCGUCUAUAAAAUUCUGCGAGAUUCACAGUCUCUGGUGUGAAACCUCAGGGGUGGGCCCGUGGGGAGCUCCAUGCACCACCAAGGGAGGCUGAGGGGAAGGUGACGUAAGUGAAGAACGUGAGGCUAAGUGGCCGAGGAAAGAGCAAGUACAAACUCCACGGAACUAGAGAAGAACUAGCAAAGGAAAGGAACCCGUGUUGGUCUGAGAGAUUCGCAGCAGGCGUCACAGAACGUGACACCCUAUUUUGGGCAGUUUCAUGCCUCUAACACUGCAUUUACAGAUACCCCAGUGCUUAAUCUUUCAAAGUCUUUUGAGUGCUGGCUGCACUUUCACCUCUGUGAAAAGCCAUUAGAAAUUUUUAGAGCAGCAGCAGACUUAAUUUGUAAGACACAUUUAGAGGUGAACACAAAAAUAGACCCCAGGAAGAGGACGGUGUGCAUGCAACACAGAUCAACGUGAACUAAUGCAGAGCCUGCCCUCUGUUCUAGGGAGCAGGGAGAGGGAGGGCUUUCUGAAAAUGGAAAUUCGGAUUGGCAGCUAGUAAUUAUUUCCUAUCAAAUGUACUGUGCACUUUAACCUAACUUAAAAUAUAUUUUAAUAUUUUUCUGUACUGCACAAAUACCUGUUUUGUCAAAUAGCAUAAUGAUGUAAAGAGGAAAGACAUUUUGAACAAAGAGCGUAUACGACUUAUGCAACAUUCAAAAGUGAUUAUAUAAAUAGGAAUUUAGACUGCUGCACCUUCACGGGCAUUCAGAAUGCAGGGUCCUGAAAUAUUUUUUUACGUGUAUAUAUGUGGCAACAUGAAGCUCUGUAAUCAUUGUUUUGAGAGAUUUUUUUUUCAAAAUUAAAAUAUUUCUUUUGAGAUUAAUUUUUAUUAUUUUCCUGAAGUUGGCUGUAUAAUAUAAAUGGCUUUCAGUAUUUUGUAAAAUGGCUUUUCCCCCCAUUUUAAAUGGAAUCAUUUUAUGGCUAAGAUGUCUUCUAGAACCUUGUACACUGUUUAUAUGUGCAAUAAAAUGUGCAUGACAAGCUGACAUAAGUGGACAGAAUGUAUAUAGUGCAAAUAUCCUUCCUUUUAUUAUUUAACAGCCAUUAAAACUUUGGAUUUGUACAAA